AUGACUCCAGAGCCGAAGAAACGAGACGGCUCAGUCAACGCAUCUACCCGACAGGCCAAAAAACGGAAAAAUACCGGAGAAUGCUCAACAAGUCUUGUGACCGAAGAGAAGCCUGUUGCACUUGACGCAUUGUCAUGGAAUCAAGUUCCUCUACCCGACAAUAUCAACGAUGCAGAAGGAUUCUACGGGCUUGAAGAGAUAGAUGGAGUUAACGUUAUUCGAGAUGGAAAUAUACUAAAGUUUACAGCUACUGCUGUAUCAACUGAAUUGGACGAAGAUGAAUUUGAAGGCUUUAGCGAUAAUGCAUCGAUUAAAGAUACUCGAGAGAAAAAAUUAGCUGUUCCGUUUUCACAAAUGCCUAGUAAAAAGCAGAUCAGUAGGAAAGAAAAGGCAGUGAAAAAUACUACAAAGGACCCAGCUAUUACCAAAGAAACUAAGGAAAAUUUGUUUAGCUCCCUUCUAGAUAUCGCUGAUACUGCGGAUAUUGAUCUAUCUGGAUGGGUAGCACUAGAUCUUUCCUCCAGCCUUUUGAGUGCUCUAUCUAAAUUGGGAUUCCCGAAACCGACUGUCAUUCAAUCUACCGCUAUACCAGAAAUACUUGCUGGACACGACGUCGUUGGAAAAGCGUCCACUGGAUCAGGGAAAACAUUAGCCUUUGCUAUUCCCAUAGUUGAAAGUUGGCUCGAAGCCAACCACAAAGUAAAUAUGUCUGAGGAUACUAAAUCUAGAUUACCAAUCGCUCUGAUUCUUUCGCCCACUCGGGAAUUAGCUCACCAACUGACAACACACAUAAAGUGUUUGUGUCAAGACUUCCCUAACCCUCUAAACAUAGCCACUGUUACUGGUGGACUAUCGAUUCAAAAGCAACACCGGCAAAUAUCAAAUGCUGAUAUCAUAAUUGGCACUCCAGGCCGCCUAUGGGAAGUGAUUAGUUCCGAUCAGAAAAUACUUGAGGCUUUUCAACACGUCAAAUUUCUAGUAAUUGACGAGGCUGACCGCCUACUCACAGAAGGUCAUUUCAAAGAAGUAGAAGAUAUUCUCAAUGCACUCGACCGCCAGCAAAGCCAUGAUCAGGCAUCGGAUGAAGAAGAACGUAGCCUCUCAACAAGGCAGACGCUGGUAUUCUCAGCAACCUUCGACAAGGGCUUACAGCAAAAGUUAACUGGAAAAGGCAAACAAGGCAUGGUCAACGAGAGUAAUUCGAUGGAAUAUCUUUUGCGUAAAUUGAAUUUCCGAGAGGACAAUCCAAAAUUUAUCGACGCAAACCCGAACUCUCAAAUGGCUAGUGGAUUAAAAGAAGGAAUCAUUGAAUGCUCCGGAAUUGAAAAAGAUCUCUAUCUUUAUGCUCUACUACUCUAUCACCCUAAUCAGCGUACUCUGGUCUUCACCAACUCGAUCCAUUCUGUCAAAAGGCUCACACCAAUGCUGCAGAAUCUAGGCUUACCAGCUCAAUCUCUUCACUCACAAAUGGCACAAAAAGCUCGUUUACGUGCUAUAGAGCGUUUUGGCUCUUCAAAAGCAACAGGCCAGAUCUUGGUUGCAACAGAUGUAGCAGCUCGUGGUCUUGAUGUAGGAGGCAUGCAGCUUAUUAUUCAUUACCAUCUUCCAAGAACGGCUGAUAUGUAUGUGCAUCGGUCUGGCCGAACAGCACGGGCAGAAGCAUCCGGUACCAGUAUUCUUAUGUGUGCACCCGAGGAGGUAGUUGGUACACGUCGAUUAGUCGCUAAAGUACAUGCACAGAAUGUUAUUAGUAGUGGCAGUAAGCUCAAAAAUUAUUUGAAGUCAUUAGACAUUGAUCGAAAAGUCGUAGCGCGUUUAAAGCCCCGAAUGAUGCUAGCAAAGCAAAUUGCUGAUAGCGUGAUAGCGAAGGAGAAGAAAGGACAUGAUGACGAGUGGCUCAAAAGUGCUGCAGAAGAGCUGGGCGUCGAUUACGAUAGCGAAGAAUUUGAGGCUACGGGUAGAGAAAGCAAAGGUAGAGGCACCGGAAGAAAACUUAAAGAGAAGAAAGCUCGAAACAUGUCGAAAGACGAAGUAAAUUCAUUAAGAAGAGAGUUGAAGCUUCUACUAGAGCAAAGAGUAAAUGUAGGGGUGAGUGAGAGAUAUCUGACGUCAGGAACUGUUAACGUUAAUGAGCUCUUACGCGGAGUCAAGGGGGAAUUUCUUGGUGCUGUUGAUGACAUUGGUAUAGACUACGAGUAG